UGCGGUCCCCUGGUGGAUAAAUUUCGACCCAUAGCCAUGUUGAGAACAACGUCCACGGCCUGAUGCGCUGGGCUGGCCUUCUGCCUGCCGCGCUGGCGGCUCCCCUGCGAACAUGGCAGGACGCAGAAACAGACCUGCCCUUGAUGACCAAAGGCCUGCGCAUGGACCUUUGCGAGGCCUUUGGCGGUGACGUGCUAGGCAUCAUCAAGGAGAUCCUCCUCACAGGUGCUGGCCUUGAAGGCUUCGCGGAAACCUGGCUGCCCCGCAUCUCCGAGCUCCCCGGGGACUCCGAGGUGGAGGAGGCCUGUGCCCUGCCCUGCGCCGCAGUGUACCUCUUUAUGCACGUGGCCAAGUGCGACCCCCGGGUGCCAGGCGACGGAAGUGGCCUCGCGGCCUCCUUUCACUGCUCCGAGGGGAGCUCGGACCCCGUGCUGACGCUGGUGGACCAAACCUGGCUCCUGUACUCAGUAAUCUUCUUGGAUUGGACGGCCUUGACAGCUUCCCGUGGACGUAUCGUCUUCAACUUGCUGGCCAUGGUACAGGAGAGCUGGCAGUUCAAGGAGCUGCCGGAUGACUGCUCCGAGAUGCAGAAGAGUUUCCUGGAGGCCUUGCAGCACUCCACGGCGGACUCCGCCAUCACGGCUGCUGCGGAGUAUCUCGCUGGCAACCCGGAGGAAGGCAGCUGUGGCCUGCUGGCCUCCGCGGUGGCCUGGAUGGCCUUGGGCGAGGAGAGCGCGCCGGCGCAGCCUAUGAACUCCUGCGCCUCGCUGAUGUUUGCGCAGGAGAAGCUGAAAGCACUCUGGAUCCUGAACGAACUUAGUGAGGCCCAGCGUGUGGGCAGCAUCUUGUUUGGUCUCGCGGUGCCUGUCUUCCCGGCGCUGGAGAGGACCAGCAUGGCCUGCAGUGCGCGCAUGACAGUGGGGGGCUUCAAGACGGAGGACUGGCAGACCACCGAGGCGGAGGCAGAGGAGGAGGAGGUGGAGCGAGCAGCCCUGCAGGAGAUCGAGCAAGGGCAGCUGCCUUUGCCCUUCGCUCCGGACUUCGAUGCCGCGGACCGAGCGCGGCAUCUCCAAGUCCUCGCGGCCUUCCACGACCUUUGCCGGGAGCUCGGGAUCCCGUACCUCAUCAUCCGGGGCCCCAUCCUGGGCUUGGCGAGGCACCACGGCACGUUGCCCUGGGAGAACGACGGUGAUGUGUGCGUGCCGAAAAGCCACGAGGAAGACUUCUUGACUUUGCUGCUGCUGCUCCAUGGCAAUACGCCGCAGGCCUGCCUGGCGCGCGAGCGGUGCCGCGCCGUGGCCGCGGCCGCGGAGCAGCUGAGGGGCUCCUUCCAGCUCUACUUCACCGUGGAUGCCAAGCGAGCUCAGAAGAAGUUGCUCUUCUUCGACACGGAGGACACCGCCACGGUGCUCAGCAACACCCGCGAGGUCUCCGAUCCCAUCAUGGAUGUCUACCUUUGCAACUGGCCAGAGGCGGACAAGGAAGACUUCAUCAUGGACGGAGAGGAGGUGCCGGCUGCCUUGGUCUUCCCACUGAGACGUUGGUUCUUGGAUGGCCUCAGCGUGUGGUCCAUGCGCAAUAUCCAUGGCCUGUUGGAUACUCGCUACGGCCGCACCUGGCAGAGCAACUGCCGCAGCCCCAACUGGCGCUCCGCCCAGAAGCGCACAAGCAGCAGGCCGUGGCCAAAGAAGCUACCCUGCAGCGCCCUGGACGUCUUCUUCCCCCGGGUGGAGCUGGAAGUUGAGGCGCCUCAGGUCCCGCAGCUCCGCGCGGGCCUGGCCGCCUGGGCCUGUGAUCUUUGGUCCUCGCUGGACGAGGAGUCGAGGCCGACGGCGGAGCUGUGCGCUCUGGAGCCCGAGGGCAGUCAGGAAGCCGAGGCCUUGGUCUCUGCUGGCAGGGUGAACCACUACUUGCUUGGGCUGGAGCUGAUUUGGCCUGACCUCUACUGCGAAGCUAUGGUGCUGUUGUGGCCAGCGCCGCAGCCGGUGCGCCACAGUGACACAACUGUGAUCUUGAGCCUCAGCAGCCCUGGAAAUCCGGCAGUGCCGGAGGCCGCGCUGGAAGUGGAGUCCUUUACAUGCUUCAGGCUGCCGGUGCGCGCCUGGGACACGCCGCUGUGGGACGUCGAGAAGCGGCACCUCGCGCCCCGCGCCGCGCGCCGCGCCGCGGCGGCGCUGCGCCGCGCGCUCGCUCCGACCGCUCCGCGGGGAAGC